UUUUUUUUAUUUUUUUAUUUUUUUUAUUUUAAGAAACCAUGUUGAGUUCUUCGCCCACUAUCAACGAAAAUGCCCAUUCAAAUUUACCCACUUCAAGCAAUAUACCCGAGUUUGUAAAGAAACUAUUUGGUAUGUUGGAAGACAACACAUACCCACAAGUGUUUUCAUGGGGAAUGGAAGGAGAUACUUUCGUAGUGAAAGAUCCGAACGAGUUUGCUCGUCAUAUCCUACCAAAGCACUUUAAGCACUCUAAUUUUGCUAGUUUUGUUCGUCAGUUGAACAAGUACGAUUUUCACAAGUUGAGAUUACCAGAAGACGGACAACGUAUUUAUGGUGAUCAGGCUUGGGAAUUUCAGCAUCCUAAUUUCAAAUACAACAGAAGAGAAUUGUUGGAAGAAAUCAAGAGAAAACCUACAGGAAAAUCAGCACAAGCAGCCAGUUCAGCACAAGCACAAACAGCAGCACCAGCUACAAAUCCAUCGGCUUCUACAUCGGCUUCAACCAUCAUGACAGGUCAUCCUCGUUCAACUUUAGUAGGCGCAGGCGCUACAGAAGAGUUGAAAGCAUUGACAAACACACUUCAAAAAGAAAUCAACAGCCUCAAAGACACACAAAAGAAAAUGACAGACAAGAUCAAGGGGUUUGAUAAGAAGUACAGUGUUGUGCUAGAGAGCAUUCAAGGGUUUAGAAAAAACAUGGAAGAACAAGAUACAGUCAUGCGAGAAAUCGUGGCUUUUGUCAAACAACAAAAGAACACAAAAGAGUUAGACACUGUCACUCAAACUUAUCAACAGAUAGCCACCACAAGUGAAGCACAACUGGAUCGACUUACAGAGACCAUCCAGACAAGCACACCACAGCUCUCUUUGACGACCACAGUUGAGAUGCCAUCCAACACGACAUUGGUGCCUGUUAUCAAUGCAUCAGCGCCUAUUAACCGAAAAAGAAAACGAAUGCAACCUGGAUGGUCAGUGCCACCUCGUGUCUUAUUGGUAGACGAUGAUUCCAUCUUUCGUAGAUUAUCUACCAGACUACUCCAGAUUGCUGGUUGUACAAUUGAUGUGGCUGUGGAUGGCAUGGAAGCCGUAAAGAAGCUUGGUACAGGCAAAUACGAUCUUGUGUUGAUGGAUAUCAUGAUGCCUAAAUUAGAUGGUAUGUCUGCCACUCGAAAUAUUCGUCAAUAUGAUACUUGGACACCUAUUAUUUCCAUGACCUCCAACACAACAGACCAAGCCAUUCAACAAUACUUUAUGAGUGGUAUGACAGAUGUGUUGCCUAAACCCUUCAAUCAAGGAUCACUGGGUAGUUUACUUGAAAGAUAUUGUGCUCAUUUAGUUGUCCAAAGACAACAUCAACAACAACUUCAUUUAUUACAACAGAAUUAUUCCUUAAACAGUACUCUGCUUGAUCCAAAUGCCAUGACACCACAACUCACCUUAAUUGAAGAUAACGAGGAAGAAGACAAAAAGACCAAUAACAACAACAACAACGACAACAACAACAACAACAACAAUGGAUUGGCUUAUUUACCACCUUCUUAUGAGGGUGGUUCCACUCAACAAGUAUCAUUGUCACAACAAGAACAAGGCAUGUAUUCCCCACUCAAUAAUCUUAUACCCCAAUUACAGCAAGCAACUUCCCUUUUACCUGAACAACAACAGGAAUGGUAUCUCUAUCAGAAAAGACCUAGAAUGGAAUAACUUGACAUUUUGCAUAAGUGAUGGUGUAAAUCUAUUUUGGGAAGUGUAUCACCAAUGAAUUACAGUGUCAUGCAUACACAGUCAUGAGAAAAAUAAAAAUAAAAAAAUAAGGUUUACCCAGGUUUCAAAA